AUGUCCUUGAAGCCUGGUUUUGAUCGCAAAACGGCCAAAAAAUUCGCAGUAGUACACAGAUCGCACGAUGACCCACGAUUUCACGAUACAGAGGCAUCGGAACAUGUUUUGGUGCCGCUAGAGGAUCGCAGAUCGCGUAAUAAGAGCUCUCGUAAUGCCAAAUCGCCUUUUUCUCAGGGAACAGGACCACAAACGAAAGAUUCGAAGAGGACUCCUGCUCACGACCAUGUCGGAGAAGCAACACUUUACGGUAUUGAUUUUGACGACUCUAAAUAUGACUACACACAGCAUCUCAGGCCGGUUGGUAUGGAUCCGCAAAAUGCGGUUCUUCUUUCGGCCAAGUCUACUGCGCAGUCAAGACCACGCGAGGCUAAAGUCGAAGACCUCUUCGCUGGGCUUGAAAUUCACGACAGCAGGGAGAAGAAAAACGAAACCAUGUUUGAACGUGGUGGUAUCGCCAAGCGUGAAUACCUGGAACAUCAGCAAGACGUGGAUGAGGAGCUACACGGCUUCAGACCUGAUCUCAAUCCGGCGCUCAGGGAAGUGCUGGAGGCACUAGACGAUGAAGCAUACGUGGUAAAUAAAGAUGUUGCUGUCAAAAAGUCAAAAUCGCGGGCAGAGACCAGAGAUGAAGAAGAAGAAGGAGACGAUGACCUUUUUGAAGAGCUUCUGCUUGGAGGUGAGGUCGAAGGCGCUCAGGAUUUUGAGGAAGAAUUCGACGAAUGGGACGUGGACAAUUUACAAGACUACGAGGAAACACAAUAUCGCGACGAGCUACAGCAGCUUGAAAAUGUGGAGAAUCUUGAGGAUUUGCAAAACAUCGACUAUCAGGCUGACGUGACCAGAUUCAAAAAACAGCAGUCGCGCAAAACCCGCGAUGGCACACUCGAGGUUGACGGUGAUGAUUUAGACUCACUGAACGAUUUCGACAAUGUAUCGGACAUUGGCAGUGUGGCGCCUCUACAAGAGGAUGGCGAAGAGCUAGACACUCUGGACGAUCUCCCGCAAAUCAACUCGAAAAAAAAAACUUCCAAGAGCAAAGGCAAGACCCGUCGCCAAAAGGGUGCCAUGUCUGACGUCUCUGGAUUUUCCAUGAGUUCCAGUGCGAUAACUCGAUCUGAGGCUCUCACUGUGCUCGACGACCGUCACGACCAGAUUAUCGCGGGAUACGAAAACUAUCAGGAAGAGCAAGACGAGGACGAGGAUGACUACCAGCCCUUCAACAUGGCAAAUGAGCGCGCGGAUUUCGAGUCUAUGCUUGACGAUUUUCUAGAAAAUUAUGAGCUCGAGUCAGGCGGCAGGAAACUAGUAAAGAAAAAUCAUGAAGCUGCCAAGUUCCAAGAGGCUGCUGAUCAAGUCAGCAAAGGUAAGUUAUCGCAGAGAAGAAACAAAUCUCGCCAGGGUCAAAAUGGUAUCGACUCCAUAACCGGAAACCUAAAGAGUUUGAGGUUCUAA